AUGUCUGAUCUGAGCAAGAACUUUGAGACGCUGCAGCUCCACGCGGGCGCGGAGCCUGAUCCCACGACCAAGUCGCGGGCCGUGCCCAUCUAUGCGACUACGAGCUACACUUUCAAUGACUCGGCCCACGGAGCGAGGCUCUUUGGCCUCAAGGAGUUUGGCAACAUUUACAGCCGCAUCAUGAACCCCACCGUCGACGUCUUCGAGAAGCGCAUCGCGGCCCUCGAAGGCGGCGUCGCCGCCCUCGCCGCCUCGUCCGGCCAGGGCGCCCAGUUCAUCGCCAUCAACACGCUCGCCCACGCCGGCGACAACAUCGUCUCCACGUCCAACCUCUACGGCGGCACCUACAACCAGUUCAAGGUGUUCCUCCCGCGCCUGGGCAUCCAGACCAAGUUCGUCGACGGCGACAAGCCCGAGGACAUUGCCGCCGCCAUCGACGACAAGACCAAGGCCGUCUACGUCGAGAGCAUCGGCAACCCGCGCUACAACGUCCCCGACCUCGAGGCCAUCGCAAAGGUCGCCCACGACGCCGGCGUGCCCCUCGUCGUCGACAACACGUUCGGCGCCGGCGGCUACUUCAUCCGCCCCAUCGACCACGGCGCCGACAUCGUCGUCCACUCGGCCACCAAGUGGAUCGGCGGCCACGGCACCACCAUCGGCGGCGUCAUCGUCGACUCGGGCAAGUUUGACUGGGGCAAGCACGCCAAGCGCUUCCCCCAAUUCGUCGAGCCCUCGGAGGGCUACCACGGCCUCAAGUUCUGGGACACGUUCGGCGCCAUCUCCUUCAUCAUCCGCGCCCGCGUCGAGAUCCUGCGCGACCUGGGCGCCGCCCUCAACCCCUUUGCCGCUCAGCAGCUGCUCCUCGGCAUUGAGACGCUCAGCCUGCGCGCCGAGCGCCACGCCAGCAACGCCCUGGCCCUCGCCAAGUACCUCGAGAAGAGCCCCUACGUGAGCUGGGUCUCGUACCCGGGCCUCGAGAGCCACCCCUACCACGCGGCGGCCAAGAAGUACCUCAAGAAGGGCUCCGGCGGCGUCCUGAGCUUCGGCGUCAAGGGUACUGCCGAGGCCGGCAGCCAGGUCGUUGACGGCUUCAAGCUCAUCUCCAACCUGGCCAACGUCGGUGACGCCAAGACGCUCGCCAUCCACCCCUGGUCCACGACCCACGAGCAGCUCUCCGACGAGGAAAAGGCCAGCUCCGGCGUCACCAAGGACCUGAUCCGCAUCUCGGUCGGCAUCGAGCACAUCGACGACAUUAUCGCCGACUUUGAGCAGUCCUUCAAGGCGGCCUCCGCGGCCACCACCACUGGCGAGGCGGGCAAGCCUGCCGGCGUGACGUCCAAGGACCACGCCGAGGCGCCCGUGGCCCCCUAG